UUUGUGGGUUUGUGGUUAAAAAAAACACACAAGAUGUGAUUUGUCCCCUUUUUGUUUUAGUGAUUUGGACACAUUGAUUCAUCAUUGAGUUAGAACUGACAGGUUUCCUUACAGAGCAAAAAAAAAAAGGGGGCAUGAGAGGGAUAUUGGUAGGCGAAUAAUUUCCAUUGGUGCUGGAGUGAACCCCAAUUAAAAACGUGCUCCUAAAAUCUUCAACGCCGGUUGUUCUUUGUCCCCUCAGCCACGUCAUAUCACAUUGUCACUCUCUCUCUCUCUAUAUAUAUAUAUGUAUGCAUACGUCCAGUCCAGGUGUAGAGAGAGAGAGAGCGGCCACCGUUCUUAAAUUCUUGCUGGAAAAGGAGAAAGGAAGCAUCAUCAGUUGAAUCCGUCUGGAAAAUGGAGAAUAUCGACGAAGAAUACAAGAACUACUGGGAAACCACCACCUUCUUCCAAAACGAAGAGCUCGAGUACGACAGCUGGCCGUUGGAUGAGGCGGUUUCUGGAUCGUACGAUUCGAGUUCGCCGGACGGAGCAGCCUCUUCGCCGGCUUCCAAGAAUAUUCUGUCGGAGAGGAACAGGAGACAGAAGCUCAAUCAGAGGCUCUUCGCUCUCCGAUCAGUUGUUCCCAAUAUCACCAAGAUGGACAAAGCAUCGAUAAUCAAAGACGCUAUUGAUUACAUACAAGAGCUACAGAAAGAAGAAAAGAGACUCGAAGUCGAGAUCAGGGAACUCGAAUCCAUAAGAUCCAAGAGCUUGAACAGUGAAUUGCUGGUUCCAGUCACAGCCAAGAAGAUCAAGCAGCAGCAGCAGCUGCAGGUUGAGUGUGGUUCCACUCGUUCAAGAAGCUCCUCCUCUCCCAUUGAAGUUCUUGAAUUGAAGGUGACGUUCAUGGGGGAAAGAACAGUGGUGGUGAGCACAACAUGCAACAAGAGGACAGACACAAUGGCGAAACUGUGCGAGGUUUUUCAGACAUUGAACCUCAACAUCCUUACUGUCAACAUCACUUCUUUUUCUGGCAUGCUUUUCCACACCGCCUUUGUCCAGGCAGACGAAGAAGAGAAGGAGGUGCUAAGGGUGAAAAUAGACAGUGCAAUCGCAGCUUUUAAUGAUCCCCUGAGGCUCAUCCAAUCUAUGUAAUUCUUUUAAAUCAACUUUCCCUUUUUCAUCUUUUUUUUUUCGUAUAAUAAUAUUGAAGUGCCCUAAAAACACAUGACAAAAUCAAUCUCUGUUUGGGUAGUUUUCUUAUAUCAUCCUUUGGUUUUCACUUAAA